CUGUUUUAGGAACCUCUGAGCUAUCCUCUGUGUCUGGCUGCAGGUUCCCAGACCCCCAGCUGUAUAUACAGAGCUGCACUCAUGGCUCACAGCAACAAUAACACAGUAUUACAGCUGACGGGGUGACACAGCGUGAGCACAGCGAACUGCCAUUCUGCGCUCUCUCCGGCAGGGGGAGCUGUGUGCCGGCGCUCUGCGGCCUCCGAGGCCUCCUGCGUUACUUUCCGGGCAGACAGCGAUCUGUGCUGCGGGAGCGGCAGCAGUAGAGCCCGGCACCGGGAGCACACACCUCGGGUCUCGCCCCUAUACCCAGCACUGGCACCAGACGUUGUUCCCGGAGGCCCGGCCGCCCAAGAUGUGGCUGAACCCCGAGGAGGUGCUGCUGGCCAACGCGCUGUGGGUGACCGAGCGAGCCAACCCCUUCUUCAUCCUGCAGCGGCGCCGGGGGCACGGGAGAGGCGGGGGCCUGACAGGUUUGCUGGUGGGGACAUUAGAUGUUGUACUGGAUUCCAGUGCCCGUGUGGCCCCUUACAGAAUAUUGCAUCAGACCCAGGAAUCGCAGAUCUACUGGACUGUGGCUUGUGGAUCAUCGCGGAAGGAGAUUACUGAGCACUGGGAAUGGCUGGAAAAUAACCUGCUGCAGACUCUUUCAAUCUUUGAUAAUGAGGACGACAUCACCACCUUUGUCAAAGGGAAAAUCCAUGGUAUCAUUGCGGAGGAGAACAAGAGCCUGCUGCCCAAGGAUGAAGAGGAUCCUGGGAAGUUCAAGGAGGCUGAGUUGAAAAUGCGGAAGCAGUUUGGAAUGCCUGAGGGGGAGAAGCUGGUAAACUAUUACUCCUGCAGCUACUGGAAGGGGCGGGUUCCCCGGCAAGGCUGGCUCUACCUAUCCGUCAACCAUCUCUGCUUCUAUUCCUUUUUGUUAGGGAAAGAAGUGACCCUGAUUAUCCAGUGGCUUGAUGUUACUCAGCUUGAAAAGAACGCCACCCUGCUUUUCCCAGAAUGCAUCAAAGUCAGCACUCGGGACAACGAGUACUUUUUCUCCAUGUUCCUUAACAUCAGUGAGACCUUCAAGCUGAUGGAGCAGCUAGCCAACAUUGCCAUGAGACAGCUCCUGGACAACGAGGGCUUCCUCGAGGACAGAAAUUUGCCCAAACCUACACGCCCUCUCAAAAACAUCUCUGCUCUGAAAAGAGACCUGGACGCCAGGGCAAAGAAUGAACAGUACCGGGCUACUUUCCGACUCCCCAGGGACGAGCGGCUGGAUGGGCACACCGAUUGCACUUUGUGGACGCCGUUUGCCAAGAUGCAUAUCCCGGGCCAAAUGUUUGUUUCCAAUAACUACAUCUGCUUCGCCAGCAAGGAAGAGGAGGCCUGUCACCUGAUUAUACCCCUCCGGGAGGUGACCAUAGUGGAGAAGGCAGACAGUUCCAGUGUGCUGCCCAGCCCAUUGUCCAUCAGCACUAAAGGGAAAAUGACGUUUCUAUUUGCCAAUUUAAAAGACCGGAACUUCCUGGUACAGCGCAUCUCAGACUUCCUACAGAAGACCUCGCUGCAGAAAGCUGGAGGAGACAACGGCGGGAGCCACCGAGAUGCCACAAGGAAAGGAAGUAGUGGGAGUAACGUAUAUGAGACCACAAACCUUCCUUCCAGUAAUCCCACUGAGGAUGGUUCCAACAUCCAACCAAAGGCUAGCAACGGAGAUGCACCCACCACCUCUCAUGGACUCCUGAAACUCUUCCCAAGAGAGUCUACUGAAGACCUGGGUCCGAAAUGGGCCAAGGAGAAAAUGAAGGAGGAGUCUUGGAACAUCCAUUUUUUUGAGUAUGGUCGCGGGAUGUGUAUGUACCGAACGUCAAAGACUCGGGAACUGGUGCUAAAAGGCAUUCCAGAGAAUUUACGGGGAGAGCUUUGGCUCUUGUUCUCAGGCGCAUCAAAUGAGAUGGCGACACACCCCGGCUACUACACUGACCUUGUGGAGAAGUCCACAGGAAAAUGCAACCUUGCGACAGACGAGAUAGAGCGUGACCUCCACCGUUCCAUGCCGGAACACCCCGCUUUCCAGAAUGAGCUAGGCAUAGCGGCCCUGCGCCGCGUACUCACAGCAUAUGCUUUCCGUAACCCCAACAUCGGAUACUGCCAGGCCAUGAAUAUAGUGACCUCUGUUCUCCUGCUGUACUGCAAUGAGGAGGAAGCAUUCUGGCUGCUGGUCUCUCUGUGUGAGCGGAUGCUGCCAGAUUAUUAUAACACCCGGGUAGUGGGAGCCUUGGUGGACCAGGGUGUGUUUGAGGAUCUGACCCGUGAAUACCUAGCUGAGCUAUCUGAGAAGAUGCAAGAACUGGGAGUCAUCUCUACCAUCUCCCUCUCCUGGUUCCUCACCCUGUUCCUCAGUGUCAUGCCUUUUGAGAGUGCGGUGGUGGUGGUAGACUGCUUUUUCUAUGAGGGCAUCAAGCUGAUUCUACAGUUGUCCUUGGCUGUCCUAGAGGCCAACAUGGAAAGCCUGCUAAACUCCAGUGAUGAAGGGGAAGCCAUGACUAUACUAGGAAGAUACCUGGAUAAUGUAGUGAACAAGCAGAGUCUGUCACCCCCGAUCCCGCAUUUGCACGCUCUUCUCACUAGUGGCGAUGAACCUCCAGUGGAGGUUGAUAUUUUUGACCUCAUCAAGGCGUCCUAUGAGAAAUUCAGCAACCUGAGAGCGGAUGAAAUUGAGCAGAUGCGGUUUAAACAGAGACUCAAGGUGAUACAGUCCUUGGAGGAUUCAGCAAAGCGGAGUGUGGUAAGAUCCAUCUCUACUGACCUCGGCUUCUCCAUGGAAGAGCUGGAAGAUUUAUACGUCCUGUUCAAGGCUCAGCAUUUAAUGAGCUGUUACUGGGGAGGGAGCCGCACGUCCAGCAAUCGCCAUGACCCCAGCCUGCCUUAUCUGGAACAAUACCGCAUUGACGUGGAGCAGUUCCAGGAGCUGUUUGCCCAGCUUACACCAUGGUCUUUUGGCCAGCACACCUCCAUCUUGGCCGCCCGCAUUUUCCGCUUGCUGGAUAGUAACAAGGACUCGCUAAUAAACUUUAAGGAGUUUGUAACUGGGCUUGGUGGAAUGUAUCACGGUGAUAUGACGGAGAAGCUGAAGUUUCUGUACAAACUGCACCUGCCUCCUGCGCUCAGUCCCGAGGAAACCGAAUCUGCCCUAGAAGCCACAAGUUUCUUCACUGAGGACGUAACUCCAGAGAUAUCUCCCUAUCUCUCCGAGUUGGAUCUUAUUCUCCAGAGUGAGUUCCCAGACUUGGACGCUCAGGGCAGUGAGCCUGCUCUUGAAAAUGAAGAACCCCAGGAUAAAAAAGAGGAGAGGAUUGCUGCCAGUGCUCCUGACUACAAGUAUUACCUGCGCAUGUGGGCUAUUGAGAAGGAGCAGAGGAAAGAGACUAUUAAGGACAUGCCCAAGAUGAAUCAGGAACAGUUCAUUGAGUUAUGCAAGACCUUCUACAACAUGUUCAGCGAGGACCCAGUGGAGCAAGAACUCUACCAUGCCAUAGCCACAGUUGCUAGUCUCUUGCUGCGCAUUGGUGAGGUGGGGAAAAAGUUCUCUAAUCCUCCUCUCAGGAAUUCUGAGGAAGGACAAACAGGUAUAAUCAGAGAACCCUCUAACGAAGAGGAGGAGCCACCCUUGGGCCUGGAGAACAGGCAUCCAAGUGUUCCAGAGCAAGAUCACUGUACGGGACCAAUCCCAGUUCCUAGCAACUCUCAGGCAGCGCUUACCCAAGAUGACAUUAAAAAACUUGGAAAGGAAAGAGGAAACGACGAACGACACAGCCCUCCCACGCAACCAACCUCUGAUGAUGAAACCAAGGAUGACACUUCAGUCUCCUCCUACUCAAUGGUCAGCGCCAGCUCGCUCCUGUGUGAGGAUAUUGCAGAUGACACUGUGUUGGUUGGAUGUGAAGCUGGCAACGCGACGCCUAAGUAUGGCAGCACCAUUGAUGCAGAGUGGUCCAUCUCCUUUGAGCAGAUCCUGGCUUCCAUGCUGACUGAGCAGGCCCUGGUCAGCUAUUUUGAGAAGAAAGUGGACAUUGUUCAGAAGAUGAAGCAGAAGAAAGUGGAAAGACAAAUCAGUUCCUCCAGUGAGCACGAAAUGUCUUCUAUGUCUGGCUGAGAUGCCGUCUGCCGAUAUUUGGGCGAUGGCAUUUGUCGUAAACUUGCUUUGAAAACUUUUCAUGUUCUUAGUUCCGGAAUUUUCACCUCUACCCAUCAGCAGCUGUUCCAAGUGCAAGGAAAACGCUGCUUAUUGGGAUAAUCUUGAGCUUCAGCGUAAUGUAAAUGCAUAAGGAACGUUUCAGUUCUAGUCUACACCUUUGCAUGCGUGGCUCUCGCACUGCUCUUGUCCUGAUGGCACGAUGCUGUAAAUUUGCUUUACACUUACUAGCAAAUGUUUACCCUGUGUUGUAUUGAAGAAACAGCGCUGUCCCCUGGCCCUGCGGUAAGAUGGGAUAACUGGUGCCUUUACCUCUCAUGGCUUCUCCGCUUGUUGCCCGGUGCCUGAGCAAUGCACUCUUACUUCACCUAACACCUACCAUGUCAUAAGCUUGUAGCUAAUGUGCAAUAUAUUGGUAUACUUACCGUAUCCAAGACUUUUUUCAUUUUAAUCCCAAUCUAUGUUUUUUGAUCAUGUCUGUAUCUUCCUGCACUUGUCAUUUCUUCGUAUCUUCAUGAUUGGCACCUGUAUAUUUGUGAUUCUCCAGUGAUGACGACGAUUUGUUUCCUCUCCUCGGCUCACUAACUACUCCUGUGUACACUAGAUCUCGCCAUACUUUGGCAGAAUACACUGCUGCUAUUAUGUCAUUCUGGUAUUUAAAACAUUUCAGCUAUUUUUCUUUGUUCUUGUUGUGCUUGUUGAUGAUUUGAUUACAUUAUAACUCUAGCACCUUCACAUUUUAUUGUAAAGCCCACCGUGACCGCCGUCUUGUGUCAGAUACAUAGCAGCGAGAUUAAUAUAUAAGGAAUAAGGGGUGGCCAGACAGAGAUUGUGGCAACGCAUUUAUAGUCUACCUGCCUACACUUGGGUCAGUAUCACACUAAUCUAUAGGCUCACUAAUCAUUGUACGGACCAAGUUUAUUAGGACAGAAAGUCUGCGCUUCACUAAAUAAAGCAAAAUAAAACAUUUCAAUAUAGCUGCCUCAUUUGUACAUAAACAAUUAGGCAACUUACCUACUGUUCCGUAAUGUUUGGGAGAAUCUUGAAUAGACAGCCCUCUCAGAUUUCAACCAUGUCUGCGGUGCAGGGAGAUAAUGACGGGUUUCACAGCCCUGCGCGGCCUCGCAGAUGUCCCUGGGACCAGGAUGCGCCAUAACGCCUGCAUCUAUGGCUAUCAGUCGCUCCCGAAAGUGUUAGGGAAAGAGAAUAAGAGACUUUUGUACACAGCUUAUACACUAUAGCUGACACUGAGAUCUAAUUAGUGAAAACGACAAAAUCCAUUAAUAGCAAAUUUCCAGAAAAUCCCAGUCUCAAUCUAAAUAUAAUAUAUUAUGAUUCAGCAUAUUAAUAAGAUUUUUAUUUUAGGAAUUCUGUUAGGAUCGUUAAGGCUUUAUGAAAGAAAUGCAUAUGGAGACUAGUGUCACCUGCCAGGGUUGUGGUAGCCCCUUCUUAAAAUGGAUUUUUGCAAUAUUCGCAGAUAUACAUGUAAAAGUCAUUACAGACAGAACAUAACAGGAGACGUUCCUGAGAAGGUAAAUAUGAAUAAAAGGUGCAUUUACCUGGAAUUAAUAAACUUCUGUCAUUAUUCUCCUAGUGUUAUUUAGAAAAAGGAAAUGCAAUGUGGGUUAUAGAACCUCUUUAUAGUUCUGCAGUUUCCUGCGCACCAGUGUUCAUCAUCCCCCUACGUGUAUGAAAUUGUAUGUCAUUUUUGAUAGCAAAGGAUUGGUCUUCUGUAUAAGCCACUUCAGUUACUGAAAGCUUCCCUACUGGUCUCCUUACAGUCAGGAAGUGUGAUGUGCAUAUGAAAAAAGGUUCCCCUUCACCUAAAGUAUAUUUGAAUCUAAAACGCUUUCCUAUUGCAACAAUUUCUGUUGCAUGUAUGUUCUAUAUGAUAAUAUAUGUAACAUAAAAUAUGUGAAUGAUAUUAGUGGUGCAUUCAUGUCAUUCUAUUUUAGGCUUCACAUUCCUUUACCGUAUAAUACUUCAGGCGUACAAGUGUUUUUCUUACAUUUUUUUUUUUUGUGACACUGCCAGUGAUUGGGAUCAUUAAUGUCAAUGGAUGCUUAAUGUACGCUUACUUCUAAGAAACUGGAUGAUGUAUAGAAACGCAGUAUGCAUUACCUUUUGUUAGCCAUUGUCCUGACAACCUUUGUACACUGAUAGUUUUGCAUUAGGAUCAAUCCAAAUGCUCUGUAGUGUUUGCAAUUUAUUUACGUAGAUGUCAACUCAUUAAUCUGAGGAGAACCUUUGUAUAAGUGAGCCUCCAGAUAUUGGCAGUAAUUCUGCCAGCCAUGUAUUUACCUAUCUGGCUGCAAAUCAUAGUGUGAGGGGGGCAGGAAGGGACCCAACCACAGUCUGCAUCUAAUACGGAACAUUCUGCUAUCACUCGAGACAGGGGAGAAUAAAUGCCCAGCUGGAUGAUGACCACAGUGUCUGCAUACAUGUAUGGUCAUUGUCUGGUCGCAGUGGUGUCACACACUGGCCAUGGAUUCAGCUGAUCUGCAUAUGUGUAGAUGUGUUAUUGGCAGUCUCAGUGGACUGGUAAUUUGUGUUUGUACCUCACUGAGAGGAAGUAUCAUGAACUGGAAACGUUUACUUACUCCGUUAUGAGGUGGUUGCUAGAACAACAAAUGUGUAGUUAAUCCAGUAUAAAAGAACUUCCCUUAAUAUUCAUAAGUUUCUGCAUUUCCAAAUCAAGACCAAUUGAAAUUGAUUAAUCGCCUUAUCAAACUAUAAGGUAUAUUUAUCAAAGUAUGGAGAGAGAUAAAGUGCCAGCUAAUCGGCUUCUAUCAUUUUUGCUAGCACAGCCUAUGAAAUGACAGAAGCCGACUGGCUGGAACUUUAGUUCUCUCUUUAUCUCUCUCCAUGAUAUGAUAACUCUCUCCCUUUAUCACACACAUGCUGUACAAACAUUCACAUAUAUCCCUGUGACUGUUAUAGGCUGCAUUAUUCAUUUGUAUUUUGCAUAAAGUGAUUAAGGAAACGAUAACUACAUCUACAGUCUAUGUAUUAUCUCCUCUACAUGUUCUCAGAUAAAUAGCCUGAGUAGUGUAUGUUGCUGUACUAGACGCUGCCUGUCAGGGCAAUUCCUCAUGUUUCCUGCGGAUAGAUUGUCUACAUCGGCCUUCCUGACACACAGUAUAUGGUGUGUAUAAGCCCUGGUGUGUAUGCACUUACUGUACUCUAGGUGGCGUCUCUGAUUACAACAUAAUUUAUUAUUAUUUUUUAAAUCGUAAAAGAAAUCAUACUUUGCUUUUUAAAUAUCUGUUCUGUCAUGUAUUCAAUAAAAUCUAAUAAAUUAA